AUGGCAACGGAGAACCAGGGCCAAGAGCAGUCUCUCGGAGAGGAACUCCGAAGGCUCUUAGAGGAGGCGGAUGCCCAAUGGACGCUCUUGGAGCACCGCCUUGACCAGGUGCAAGAAGAAACACUUCAGCAAUACGCUGAGGAUCUUCAGCAAAGAUAUGGUCUUCGGCCCGAAGAUCUGAACAGCUCCGGCCCGGGUGGCUUUGCUUGGAAGGUCAAAGGCCGUUUGCAUUCAGUGCUGCUUUGCCCAAUCGCCCUGGACAUGCGAAACAAGGUUUUGCCUGACUGGUCUUCCGAGAGCGAGGAACAGCUUGUCCUGGAUGACAUCCUCGACAGGUGGGAGUUUGAGGUGGAGCCUUUGCUGGGAGAGGCAGCUCAGCAAGACGCGCGCUUGGCAAGGCGUGCCCAACGAAAGGCGCAGCGCGGCUCCACGCGAGAGGCUCUUCAGGCAACCAGAGAACGUCCUGCUGUCUGGGCUACGGCACGAGCCGCCCUGGAGGCAAUGGAGGGACAGGUGAGGAUUGUCUCUGCCUUUAUGUCGCAGGUCGUGAGCGAGAGAGCAGAGCGAAUUGCAGCUGCCGUUCCUGCGGUGAUCGCCCGAGCGGUAGUGGACUGGCACUUCAGAGGGCCUUUGGCCGAAUUGGAGCAGCUGGAAAGCUGGUGGGAGGCUGCCCGGCAAGCGUUGGAGAGCCGCGAAGAGCUUUGGGAUCGUUUGGUGCAGGAGGAAGGCAUUUUCCUUCGUCGCAUUGAUCGAGGCGUCGAAGCAUUGAGAUCUGCCAGGCAGAUCUACUUGGCAAAUGCUACCUUUGGCACGUCGUUGGAGAGCUCCAGAUCUGGAUGGCCCACGCAAACCUUGGAGUUGUUGUCAGAUGCCGCGGCAGAGAUGACCUCUCGCCUGAGGCCGGUGAGGGAUUCCGCAGCCUGGAGAGUGGUCGAUGCCGCCAAAGCGAUUGAGAAAGAGCUGAGCCAAGACAAUGUCAAGAUAGAGACAUGGAGCACCAGUGAAAGGGAUGCCUUUCACCUCAUUAUGAAGGUGUUGGCUGGAAACCGAGAGGACCCUGACCGAUUGGGAGACAGCAGCGCAGUCUUGAUGGAUCGUUCGGGGAAAUUGAUGACGCUUCUGGCUGAUUUGCGGGAGACCUUUGUCAAGGAUGAUUUGGCCAAAGUCCUGGAUGACCUUCUGCGUGCUGUCGUCUCGCUGCGGGAGGAUGUGAGUGUCUCCGAUGGCGCGGAAGCAUUGGAGGAUUGCGUCCAGCAGUGGCAUUCACUCGGUGAGGCCUGCAAUGCAGCCUGCCGUUUAGAGGCCGGAGUAGCAGCUUCCCCAUCGCUUCGGAAGGAGGUGAACUUGCGACAACCUUUGGCAUUGCUGCGAGGUCUUCAUGUUUUCGUUCAACGAGCAGAUUUGCGAGCCCACCUGAUCAGUGAGGAUGGCUAUGAAAGCUCGGAUUCUCACCAGGCCCAGGGCAGCAAGGAAGCACGGGAAGUGUGCCAUCCACCCUCUCCGUCGCGAUGUGCACAGAACUCUCCGCGCGGCGGGUAUGCACCACGCCGGCAACGCUUCAAGGCAGAUGAGUCUGACACGGCUGGGUAUUCGAUUUCAUCCAGCCCUUCGGCAUCUGCUGGCGUUCCAGUGGCACCGGGACUAGAGGUGCCUUCGACACCGAGUGCGCCGUUAGCAGCACGCGAGUCGGAUGGACGUCCUCGCAGCUCCUAUCGAUCCCGGCCGAGCACGGCAACGCGGCCCAGUACGCCUUCCUGGCUGCGGCCUCCAUGGCAGCGCAGCGAUACUCCACUGGCAUCUUGGACGCGGCCCGAUACGCCUUCCACGGUUUGCGAUGAUGCAGAGGUGGCGAACUUGCCUAGAUGGAAGGUGGUGGACGGUGAGUACGUGCCGUUAAAGCCAGUGAACCUCUUUCAGUCGCGCAUCAAGGAUGUGACCCGGAAGAUGAUGGCCACUGUGAGCGAGUUGUCGAUGCAUCAAGCCACAGCCCACAAGCUGCAGAAAGAGCGCGACGAAGCUUGCGAGCGUGCUAUCCUGGCUCGGGAGAACUUGGAAAAUGGACAGGCACCGACAGAAGCAGCAGAUGGAGAGUUCCAGAAGAUGCUGCAGGUGGAGCACCAGAGGGAGUUGGACAGACAGGCGGCGGUUCAGCGAAAGCAGGAGGAGGAUGUGAUGAACAGCAACUUCACCAGGACCACAGCUGAGCCGCGGGUCAAUGCUUACAUCCCUGACGACGAGCAUGGUCUUCCCAAGGCCUAUGGUGUCAACGCGCCCUUCAAACCUACAGCUCAAGGAUCCACCAUGCGCUUCAUCCGAAAGCCCAACCCGCAAUACCAUGGCGAUGCCUUCGCUGCAGUCGCCGGGUGCCGAGUGCGCAGUGGUCAGAGCCUGCUGGAGAACAUCACUGAGUAG